AAGCAACCGAAAGCGAACCGGAGUCGAGAGCUCGGCCGGCCCUUGGAGGAAGUGGAGCGGGGUGGAGAGCGAAGAGGAAGGGGCCACACGGGGUCGCCCCCCUCGGAAGGGAGGAAGCAGCGGCGUGAGCAGCUGCUGCAUCAAUCUCAUUUGUGCAUUUUCCUCUAACAAGGCUUGCUCAGGAAAAAAAUAAUAACAUCCAAAGGAAAAUGUCCAAAGAAGAAGAGGCAACCGCUAGGAUCUCCAAAGACCAGGACCGAGGCUGGGCGUGGGUGGUCUUAGUAGCCACCGUGAUUGUUCAAGGCCUAACGUUGGGCUUCCCUUCGUGCACCGGAGUCUUCUUCAAGGACCUGCAGCAUGAUUUCCAGGCUAGCAACAGCCAGACAUCGUGGUUUCCUUCCAUCAUGACAGCUGUGCUCCAUGCAGGGGGGCCUCUUUGCAGCAUUUUGGUGGAACGAUUUGGCUGCAGGACAACUGUGAUGCUUGGAGGCCUCCUCAGCGGGGUGGGCAUGGUUGCCAGUGCUUUCUCCAAGUCCAUUAGCCACCUUUACAUAACAGCAGGAUUCAUCACAGGCUUGGGAUCAUGUUUCAGCUUCCAGGCUGGAGUCACUGUGCUUGGCUACUAUUUCAUACGCCGUCGAGCCCUGGCCAACGCUCUGGCCUCCACAGGUGUCUCCAUUGGCCUCACGCUCUGGCCACUGUUCUCCCAGUACAUGCUUGACGAGAUGGGCUGGAGAAACACUUUCCUCAUCUUUGGCGGGGUGCUGCUCAACUGCUGCGUUUGUGGGGCUGUGAUGAGGCCGGUGGUGCCAGUCCAGCUACCUGCCCCAUCAUCGAAGCCCUCCCCUGAACAGCCACCUGAAUGGGCCCAUUUGUCUAAUGGAAACAGUGUGCAUCAUGAAAAGGAGCUGCCUCGGCCCAGGUGUGCCGCUUGCUUCCAGACCCUACAGAAGUACCUAGCUUUUGACAUCUUCUGCAAUAACAAAGGCUACCAGAUCUACACCAUUGGCGUGUCUUGGAUGGUGAUGGGUUUCGUGCUGCCCCUCAUCUACCUGGUGCCUUACGCCAUCUUCAAUGGAGUGCCAGAGCGCAAGGCAGCCCUGCUCAUCUCCAUCAUUGGGUUCAUCAACAUAUUCAUGCGUCCCAUGGCGGGCCUGCUCUCAGGCCUCAACGUCUUCACUGGCCGGAGGAUCUACCUCUUUAGCCUGGCUGUCCUCCUCAACGGCCUGAGCAACCUCAUCUGUGCAGUCUCAGCUGACUACAGCGUCCUUGUCUUCUACUGCUUGGUCUACAGUGUCUCAAUGAGUGUCAUCGGUGCCCUUCUCUUCCAGGUGUUAAUGGAUGUGGUUGAGAUGGACAGGUUCUCCAGUGCCUUGGGUCUCUUCACCAUCUUGGAGAGUGUCACCAUUCUCAUUGGACCUCCUCUUGCAGGUCUUCUUGUGGAUAUCACGGGCCACUAUAGUUACGUCUUCUAUGCUUCCACCUUCUUCAUGGUGACGUCUGCUCUCUUCAUGGGUCUUAGCUUCUGCACCAUGAAAUCAAAGAACAAAUUGAAAGAGACCCAUAAGCUGCUAUCCCCAGAGGUCCCCUCCAGGGGAAAAUACACAGAAGUGCCAACGGAACAGAGGCCAAACAGAAAUGAUCUUCCUGCGGUCAUCUAUAUAACAAGCAUCUGAGUCCAGAUGAGCUGGAGGGACAAUGGAUUUCUCACAAAUGAAAAACAUCUGGAAACAGAAGGGGAGGUCUGCUGUGACCUCCUACUCAGCUGUGCUGGGCUCAUAUGAAGGAUCCAGGACAGAGGAUAUGAACUCAAAGCUAUCCAGAAAUCUAAAGAGCACUUUAAACAAAACAUACGCGAUGUAAGCCAUGGGGCCAAAGAAAGACAUUACCCUGUGGCAACAUCUGUAUUAUUACUUGAAGCUUAAUCCUUUUUAUCACCAGGUUUUCUUUAUGCAUUCCAGUUUUUCAAGCUGGAAGGAUUUCUUCACCCACUGGGUUACAUGAAUGAUAAUAGAACCUGUGCAAGACAGGAGUGCCUGGCGUGCUAUGGUCCAUGGGGUCACGAAGAGCCGGACACGACUAAACAACAACAAUAGAACCUGUAAAGAAGGGCAAAUAAUAGUUAUGUGGGACUUGUUUCUGGACAUGUCCACUUGCCACACUUAAACAGAGCAAAGUCAACUGGCUGAUUCACUCCUAGUCCAAGAGAAAAGUUAUUCAUUAGGGAGUUUGACUGCUGAACUCCUUGAAUGUUGACAUGAAGGCUUUCUUUCCUGCUGCAUAAUCUCAGAGCAGUCAAAUAUGGUUUGACCAUAUUACUUAUCUCCCUUACAGCAGCCAGAUUGGGGAUGAGUAGCGUUGUAUGUGCAACUAAGCAAAGUGAAUCAUUUCUGCAUUUUGAGGUUAUUUUUUGAGGGGGGGGUAACAAAUGCUCAUAUCUUGAAGCUGCAGGUCACAGGAAAGCUCCAAAGUGCCUAUAUAUUCUUGCCAAUAGUGUAUUGAAAUCCUUUGCCUAUUCUGUCCACCUCCACAAGGAACAACAAAUGGGAAUACAAUGGCAUUUUAAGUUUUAUCUCCAGUGGGCAUUCCUCACCAUUGAAGGCUUCCAGUGUCUUAUAGAGCCAACUCAGAAUGGGUGCAUAAUCUAUAAUGAGGGUAAUAUGUUACAGGUUGGGAAACUGACAUCUAUGCAGAUGUAAAAGGUAAAGGUAAAGGGACCCCUGACCAUUAGGUCCAGUCGUGACCGACUCUGGGGUUGUGGUGCUCAUCUCGUGUUAUUGGCCAAUGGAGCCGGCGUACAGCUUCCAGGUCAUGUGGCCAGCAUGACAAAGCCGCUUCUGGCGAACCAGAGCAGCACACGGAACCGCCAUUUACCUUCCCGCUGUAGCGGUCCCUAUUUAUCUACUUGCACUUUGAUGUGCAUUCAAACUGCUAGGUGGGCAGGAGCUGGGACCGAGCAAUGGGAGCUCACCCCAUCGCAGGGAUUCGAACCGCUGACCUUCUGAUCAGCAGGCCCUAGGCUUUGUGGUUUAACCCACAGCGCCAGCUGCGUGCAGAUGUAUGUUGGUGUAAAGAAACAUGAAGAAUGGCAAGUGCUACCCUUCACUGCAUGCCUAAAACAGCAGGUCAGAUCAAGACCGUCUCUGCUUUGGGCUGAAGGUCUCGUGUGUUUUUUUUAAGGAUAUGCAGAGAGAUAUAGUUAGGAAAAUAGCACUCCUGUCUAGAACAUGCGUAGGCAAACUAAGGCCAGGGGGCCGGAUCCGGCCCAAUCGUCUUCUAAAUCCAGCCUGUGUAUGGUCCAGGAAUAAGCAUGUUUUAACAUGAGCAGAAUAUGUCCUUUUAUUUAAAAUGCCUCUCUCGGUUAUUUGCGGGGCAUAGGAAUUCGUUCAUUUUCCCCCAAAAAAUAUAAUCCAGCCCCCCACAAGGUCUGAGGGACAAUGGAGCGGCCCCCUGCUGAAAAAGUUUGCUGAUCCCUAGUCUAGAAUCUUCUUAAAGCAAUAGCUUCAUGUCAAUUUGUGUUAAGACAAGCCUUGAAAACGACCAGGAUGUUUACUGAGUUGGCUGGGGAAAUUGCAGCUAACUUUGCCAAAUCUUCUGUGUUUGAGCCGUUGGGCCUAGGCUUGUUAAAACAGCCGUGUUUGACCUGGAACACAACUGUGUUUUAAUUCUGAUAUACUUGGUUGCUUUUCGUGGUUCCAGCUCCCCAGCUCGCAUUGUUCUUCCGAUUCUGGUAUUUCUUUCUAAACACUAACUUUAAGCUUUGUGGAGGAUGUGAGCCAGAAACGGUUUGGAAUGGCAGGGAUUUGUCAUCGAUGAACUCCAGCACUUUCAAAACUAGAAAGCUUUAAGAAUAUGCAUGAACAAGAAGUUGUACAGUUGUAGGGUUCCAACCUGACAAGUCUAUAUUAAUAUAUUCAAAUGACCAGGAACAAACCAAUGGAAUGUUCAUGCAGGACUGAACUACAAUGGGGCACUGAAAGAAGGAAGCCAAGUGGGUAUUCCCUCUCUCCAGCUAAGUAACAUGGGGUGCAAUCCAUUUCUCCUGCACAAGCUUCAGUAAAAUGAGCGAGAGCUGUUAAUACUCUUCUCCUUACAGAGGAGCUUCUCUUCAGACGGGCUUUGAAUCCAGUCCACUCCCAUGGCAUCUGCAACAAGUGGGGAAUCUGUAGACCUCCAGAUGUUCUUGGACUGCAGCCCCAAUCAUCCCUGACCAUUGACCACGCUGGCAAGGCGUGAUGGGAGUUGCAGCCCAGCAGCAUCAUGCGGAAGUUGGACAUGCAUAAAAGCCACUAGAGGAGUUUAAAAAGCAGACAGUAUUCCAUUUCCUCUGAUGAUUUAGGGCAGGCAUCCCCAAACUGCGGCCCUCCAGAUGUUUGGGCCUACAACUCCCAUGAUCCCUAGCUAACAGGACCAGUGGUUGGGGAAGAUGGGAAUUGUAGUCCAAAACAUCUGGAGGGCUGAAGUUUGGGGAUGCCUGAUUUAGGGCAAAGAAGCAAGGUGGAGGUGUAUUUGAGUCCUUGCAGAUGGGCUCUGCAUGGUGCUUGUGCACAAACUAGCUAUGAAACCACAGUGCCCCACUGAUUCCAGGUAGCUAGAUAUAAAACACAACCUUAGAUUGUGAUUCUGGUCUUUUGUGGGGUGAAAGGAUUUGCCUUGUCCGAGAAGCAUAUGGCCAAACUAAAACUUCAGCUGACAUGCACACAAACAUAGUUCUGUAUACUCCUGUUCUAUAGAAAGCCAAACCUCUGCGUUUUAAUGAGAUUUUGGGCAUUAUCGUACAUGGCAGCCUUUCAUAUUAUUUGUAUUUAAAUGUUCCUGACCAAAUAUACCAGGUAGAAAGUAGAAGAGAAGCAUUUAAAAAUAGACUGUGCAUAUCCAUACCAUGUUCAGGACUGACAUAGGACAUGCAAAAAAUGUGUUUUACAGGCCAAUCUGGUGCAAGUUUCAGCUGCUAGCUUAGAUGGCUUUUUAAAGGUGUGUCAGACAAUUUCAGGUUGCACAGUUACAUAGCUGACUGGGCAGUCUUGUGCUACGGAACUGCUUCCUCCAAAGAUGGGUCCUUUUCAUGAUAAGGAAAAUGAAACGCACUGGGAAGUCCGAGCAAACAAAUCAGAAGGUAUGCUCGUUAAGUUGCCAGUGUCAUCUAAUCUUCCUGCAAACAAGCUGGGAUAAAUGCUCAAUAAAUAGAUUGUUUGGAAGUGCCCUUAGUCUACAGCUAGGAUACAUCCCAGUAGCGGAGAGUUACUGCCUUUAUGCCCUACUUUUAAAUGUCUCAAAUGCUGGCUGAUGUUGUAAAACUAGAUGGACCUUUGCAUAAUCCUCUUGGUCUCUUAUGUUGCUUCCAUAAGGGUGUGUUUCGUUUAGCCCAAUUUAUCCCUUGUGGGUCAGCAGCUUUCACUAAGCAUCUCUAGAUCAGGCAUCCCCAAACUGUGGCCCUCCAGAUGCUUAGGCCUACAACUCCCAUGAUCCCUAGCUAACAGGACCAGUGGUCAGGGAUGAUGGGAAUUGUAGUCCAAAACAUCUGGAGGGCCGAAGUUUGGGGAUGCCUGCUCUAGAUAGACUGGGCACAUUAAAAGCACUGUAAGGAAACACACACACAGCAUUUUCUCAAUCCUACUCCUCUCUAUACACUGGUGAAAGCAGGUUCAGAAAUAGAAUAUAGGCAGCUAGAUCUCCAAAGUAUCCAGCAAGGGGGUGUUCCUCAAAUAAAAAUUAUCAUUAAUUGGGUGCAAAUUGCUAGAGGCUCAGUAUCAUCCACACACACACAUCCAAUGCCACAGUGGUGUUUAUGUAACAUACACUGAAUGAAGCACUUUUUAUUAAGACUUCAAUCAGGGGAGGCGGAUCUGUGGCCUUUCAGGUGCUGUUGGAUGCAAAGUCCCACUUGCCCCAAUGAGCAUAGUCAAUGAUCAGGGAAGAUGGGUGUUAAUAGUUGUCCAACAAUCUCUGGAGGACCACAGCUUCCCCAUCCCAGUCCUAAAGAAGUUGACAGUUGGACUAGAAGAUUGGCAUCAAUUUAGGCCACCGUUGUAAAGCGAUUUCUUUGCAAUUUCUUGAUUUCAGGACUGUGGCCAGUUUGUUACAAUAUGCUCUUGAACAAGAUUGCUGCAUUAUUGCUUGGAUAUAUAUGUGUAGUCUUUUUCUUUUAAAUAAUAAUAAUA